AUAUAGCAUGAAAAAAAAGUUGUGUACACAAAAAAAUACUGUUGUUAAAAUGUUCAUUUAGGAGACAUCCCCAAAAUGCGCGAGGAACCCGAUUGGUUUGGAAACAUGCACCCUAAUUUGCUUGCGCUACAUGUCUAUCAAGCUGAGGUAUUUUGACAGGUCUGAUCGAAGAUCUUAAAGCUGAACGCCUACCACAAAUGUGAGAUGGAUAAAACAGUAAGAUGACAUUAAAAACAGCAAUCAUGACAAUUACCAUUUGUGAAGUCGAUUUGAAAUCUAGUUAAAUAUUAAUAUGUCAUAUCAAGUAGACCUUGACAGUAACAGCUAAGCUGACUAGCGGCUAUUCUUGCACCUCUGAUUAAUGUAAUAAUAUGAAUUAAAAGGCCUACUUAAAAAAAUAAUAUGUUGAAUUAUUGCUCAGAUAUGGGCCUAAUGGACGUAAGACAACAACAUAUAAAUGCCUAUUGCAUGAGUAAUUCAUAGGGACCUUAGUGGACCAUAUUGAUAGGCCUACAACACUAAAAAUAGGCUACUAUGCUUAUUGAUUACAUCGUCUAAUUUACAGGUAAAAGUUUUGUCCAAUGUUGAGUGUCAACAAGGUUUCCGGGAAAGGCACAAAAAUUAUGAAAACUACAAAAAAAGAGGAAAAGAAAGAGAGAGGAAAGGCCAGAGCAAAAUGUCAGUAAGGAGAAAGAAAGGAUGCGGGCUCUGGCAAGAGAGACAGAGGAAAAGACGACUUUGACUUAAAAACCAAAGUUUAUCUGUACCCGGGUCUCCCAAGUGUGCAUAUAAGACAAAGCAGUCACUUGGGCGAGCAGUCAAACGAGUCCUUACUGCUCUUCCUCAAAGUCCAAACAAACAAAAAAAGGCAAAAGAUUUCUGAGGCAAUUGGAUUCAAUGGCUACACUGAAAAAAAAGGAAAGUAUUAGUCACCACAGAGCUCAUAAAACAAAAGGUCAGGGAGUUUUAUGUGCGUUAUGACAUCUCUCGACAGGCACCUGGUAAGAAAAAUGCUGUUGUUAUAAAAGAGGGUGGAGUUAAUAAGGAAUAUCAAAAGAGGCACUUAACUAUGUCUAUUUUAGAGGCAUUUAGAACCCGGAGGAUAGGAAAAACAAAAUUUGCAGAGCUGCGGCCAGGGGAGGUCUUCACAAAAGCAGAAACACCUCGUAAUGUUUGCCUCUGUAAACAUCACGAAAACACACAAAUGCUGCUUGAGAGUUUACACAAACACAUUCCUCGACAUGCCUUCCAAAGCAUCUCAACCUUUAUCAGAGCUCUGGUCUGCAGUCCUGACUCUGUGUGCAUGUUGAACAGAUGUGAGACCUGCUGUGAUGCAAUUCUCCUUAAGAACCUUAUUAGCAACAUCCCAGAUGAAGACAAGAACACCCAAACAACAUGGCCUUCAUGGGAAUCUGAAGGGGGGUUUCAGGUUAAACUGAUGAAGAGUGUAGUAUUGGGGGAUGUGCUUGCAUCACUGUUGGCUUCAGCCACUACAUUUCUUAAGCACUAUAUAAAAAGAAAACAAAGUGCAAUGUUCCAAGAGAAGAGAAAAGACACAAGUGAAGCUGUUGCAGUGUUACAGAUUGAUUUUGCAGAAAACUACACCCCUGCAUAUCAAGAUGAAAUUCACCUUUGGCUAAGCCCCGCCCCCCUUAGUUACUGUUGCUACGUCCGACAACUUCUGGGCUCUGGUUUUCUGACUGGUUAUCCUAAGACUCUGGUUAGGUAUCAACAACAUGGCUUAUGCUGACAGCUCUUCCUGCUGAACUUUUGUCAAACUUUUAUAAAGCAGCAAAUAAAGUGUCCGAUAGGAGUAGACAAAAGGGUCUGCAAUAUGCGUUCGAAGGCUAUAUUCAGGACAUACAGGUGAAACGCAAAGAACAACAAGGCAUCCAAAUAGAGGCAAAAGCAUACCGGUCACAGUCAAAAAAUGAACCACCGCAUAUCCUACUAAUCGAGACGGAGGCUGGGACUGACAAUAUCAAGGAGCAACACUGUUCAUGCAAAGCUGGCUCCACAGGGUUUUGCGCGCACAUCAUUGGGCUUAUCCAUACCCUGGAUCUCUGCAAGGCACAACACAUAAACGCUGUGCCAGUUCAGUCCUCCACAAGCUUACCCCAACAAUGGCAUAAGCCAAGAGGUGCUAAAGUAGCACCACAGCCUGUGACAGCAGUCGUUGUGGCCAGGGCCAAGACAGAGCGAAAACGGAGACCCAUCUUCUGCCAAUACAGCAAUGACAGGGCCAUCUCUGAGGUAACAGAUCAGGAUUUGUUGUUAUUGAGACAGCUGACAGGGACACCUAUGAGCUACAUAGCAAGCAAACCCCAGAUAGAUGUAGUGAUAGGUCAGGAGAAGUACCCUCUUGGAAGUGGCUUGAGCUACCAGCUCCCACUUUUGGACAACACUUCACAAGCAUCCUCCCUAUCAAACUCCAGUGACUUCCCAGCAUUCCCUUUGCCACCACAGCCAGGCUCUUUCUGUACUGUCCUUAAUAAAGUGCAAAUGGAAAGGUUCAGUACCAUAGUAGUCUCAAAGGCUGAGGCAGAGGCACUUGAGAAAAACACCAGACAGCAGAGUAGCAACAACAUCUGGCAUCAUGUCCGCUCUAUUCGCCUAACCUCAUCGUCCUUCAAAAGAAUAAUCUCUAGAAGAGCUGACUUUGAACAACUUGCCAUCAUCAUGCAGAGGAAGAAGAAGAGCAUCAUGGCAAAAGCCAUGAAGAGAGGCCUGGAGCUUGAGCCAGCCGCUGCAGCCCAGUAUGCGGUCAUCACUGGUAAUGAUGUGCAAGUGUGUGGGUUUGUCAUCAACCCUAAUGCCCCCUAUUUGGGUACAUCCCCUGACAGAAGGGUUCAGAGUGGUGAGAGUGAGACCUAUGGACUACUCGAAAUUAAAUGUCCAAUGAAAGUCAGCUACACCGAUUGCCAGUACCUUAAAAAGGGUAGCGAUGACACCUACAGGCUCAAUCGUACUCACGAAUAUUACUUCCAAAUCAUGGGACAAUUGGGGAUAACUGGGAUGCCAUGGUGUGACCUUUUUGUGUCAUGUGAAAGUGACUAUCACCUGGAGCGAAUUUGUUUUGAUCCCGAUAUGUGGAGGAAAAUAAAAGAUAAACUUGACUGGUACUUUUUUGAGCACUUUCUCCCUACAAUGUGCAAUGACAGUCCACAACCGUCCACAUGA